AUGAGACUAGCGACACCAGAAAAGCACUCUCAUGAUGUAUCCAGAGAGGAUCUCCAAAUGCCAUCACCGCAGAUCCCAGAGAAGAUCUGGUACAAAACCGGGCCUAAAGGAUUGAGCGACCAGUCACACUCCUGGAUGGACGAAUGUCUCCACAAAAACCCAGCUCAUAGCGCGCAGAUCAUGACAGACCUCACGGGCGAUGAAUAUGUGCGAACCAAUUUCGCUUAUCGUCCCGAUAUCGUCGCCACAUACCUUUCUCUCGCGGUGCCGAUUCUGAAAGCCGAUUUCCUGCGCUAUCUACUUCUUUUCAAUGAAGGUGGCAUCUGGUUUGAUCUUGAUGUCUCGUGUGGUGAUGUACCCAUUAGAGAAUGGAUUCCCAAUACAAUGCGCGCGAAAGCUAGGCUUGUUGUUGGGUGGGAGUUUGAUGUUGGAUGGGGGGAAGGGUUCUUUCGGCAGUUUGAGAGUUGGGCGAUAAUGGCGGCUCCUAGGUCGUCGCAUCUAUUGGUGGUUAUUGAGGAUAUUAUGGAGGGGAUUCGUCUGAAGACGGAGGAGUAUGGGGUUCAGGUUUCGGAGUUGACUUUGGAUAUGACGGGUAAUGUGGUUGACUUUACGGGGCCGAGGCGGUUGACGAGGGGGGUUUUCAAGAGCUUGGAAUUGGCUCGCAAUGAGACGGUUGAUAUGGCGAGUAUCUCGAACCUCUUGGAGCCUGUUUUGGUUGAGGAUGUUUUGAUCUUGCCGGGCUAUUCAUUCGCUGCUUUGACGAAUUAUUAUGGCAAUGAGACGAUUGGCCCUGCAUUGGUCGAGCAUCAUUAUGCCGGGACUUGGAGGAAUCACAAUGGUGGUGAGAUGUGA